AUGUCGGUAAACACACGUUACUACUGUAAAACCUGUAAAUACGAUCUGUGUCCUCAGUGUAAAGAAAGCCAUUUCUUUGAUCUUGAUACAAUAUGUCAUGAUGUUGUUAUUUACCCUUCAAUCAUAGUAGAAGAGACCUGCACGAAACACCCAGAAAAAAUCUAUGUACUGUACUGCAUUUGGUGUGGGCUUCCUUCUUGUGUCAUGCGUGAAGAACACAAAAAUCAUAAUACAAUAGAUAUUAAAACAGCUCAUAAAACUUAUCUCCAGCAAGAAAGAGACAUUUUCAACAACUUAAGGAGUGAUAUUCUCUUUAACAGAUGUCAUCUUCUCACAGGAAUCAAAAGCGAUUUAAACAUUUGUCACACAGAAAUCUCGAACGUCCGCUCACAGAUGUCAAAAAAAGCCAAAAGACUAAAACGACUAAUUGACACCAUAAUAUUGGAUAUUAAAAUCGAACGGAAAAGCUUCAUUUGUAAAACACAGCAACAGAUUAGAAAAAUGGUCAGCUAUCUAGCUUUCAUAGAAAAAUAUCACUGUAUAAAUGAACAAUCAGUGAAAAGAUCUGUGAAAUUUCUAUUAUUCCUGAAGAAGACGUAUGUCCCUAAAAUAGAAGUGAUUCCUUAUGUUCAUGUACUGUUUUCCAAGCCGAUUGACGAAAUCAGUGUGAGUGGUGAGAUUAAGUUACUUAAUAAAAUCCAAAUCAUAGAGACAGGGAAAAGACAAAUAAGGAAUGAGUGCUUUUUAAAACUAAUGUCUUCACCGGUGUUAAUCAGAACUGUCACAGUGUUAGGUGUAACAAGUGUGACACACAUUUCCUGCGUUGCACCAGACUGGGUCUGGGUUAGUGAUAAUAAAAAUCUCCUUUUAACAAACACAGCAGGUGACACUCUGCAUUGCUUGCUAGACGGACGUAAAAGUUACUGGGGUGUUCAUACAAUAAACAUUCAUUUCGAUCUUAUUUAUAUAGAUAAAUGUUAUAACAUUUGCAAGCUGUCUAACGAUAAUAGAACAAAGUCUACAUUGAAAACACGAGUAAAUAAAUUAGACCCAUGGAUUCCACAGUGUGUCUACUGCUCCCUCAUCACUGGCGAUUUAUUAGUUGGGAUGUGGGAUACAAAUACAUGGACUGGCAAGAUAGUUCGGUACAACAACGGUGGACAACACAUACAAACCAUACUAUACAGUAACACUGGUCGGGAAUUGAAUAGUUUGCCUAGAUGUAUCUCAGAAAACAGAAAUGGAGAUGUUGUUGUUUCUGACUUACUUCUUGAUGCUGUGGUAGUGACAGACCGUGAGGGAAAGCAUCGAUUCUCCUACACAGCACCGCCACCAAUGUCAAGACUAUCACCACGUGGAAUCUGUACUGAUGUCCUAUCACACAUACUGGUCUGUGAUUUCAACACAAACACAAUACACAUGAUUGACAAGGACGGUAAAUUUCUGUCCUUGAUAUUGACAGAACAGCAUGGGAUAUGCGAACCACAGAGCCUUAGUUACGACGACAAAGCUCAUCUUCUAAUGGUUGGGUCACGGAACAGCAACAGAAUGCAAAAAAGGAAAGAUUCGCGACAGACAGGAGGAGGCCCCCCAACAUCGUCGUCUCUUACUCCGCUGGAGGACACAGUAGUGGCCAUCGAUAUCAUUGGGGACACGCCAAUAGACGGGGUCAUAGGAGGACUGGAUACGGAGGAAACCCCAAUAUCUACGGAUUCUAGCAUUCCACAAACUACUAGUAGUACCUCACUGCAUUCCCCCGAAGUAUCACAGACAGUAUUGGCUUCAGCAAAUAAUUCCUCAGACACCACUGGUUCUAAGAAUACUCAGAAACGAGAAAAGAAAAACUCCUCUAAAGAUUCAUACGGUGAGGACUCGCUGGAAAUACAGAGAGAAAUCCUGAAAGUGGAUAAAGAAAGGUUAGAGGUGGAGAAGAAACUGCUGGAAAUUGAACAAGCAAAACUAGUUAUAAAGCAACAGAAACACCAAAUAUACCUGAGUAGCAUGGGUAUAGUUUUCACAUCCCCAGAAGAAAAUGUGUAA